AGCAGAGGGACUUUUUGGGGUUGAUUUGGCCAUUAGAACAAGGAAAACAAGAGCUCCAGGUAGAUUAUAAUCACACAUUAGUUAUUUAAUAGUCCUAGUUUUACUAAUUUAGUUAAAAUGUUAAAUAAUUAUGUAUUAUUUUUAUGACUUUGUAGCGGAAUGGUGGGCUUCUUAUGGAAGCUCUAGCCCUAAUUUACAACAUUUGGCAAUCAGAAUACUAAGCCUUACUUGUAGUGCAUCAGGCUGUGAACGUAAUUGGAGUGUGUUUGAACAGAUUCAUACAAAAAAGCGGAACAAGCUUGCUCAAGAUAGACUCAAUGAUUUGGUCUUUGUGAAAUACAAUCAAGCACUGAAAAAUAGAUAUGAUAGGCAAGAUGUAGAUCCCAUUUCCUUGGCGGAUAUUGAUGAAAGUAAUGAAUGGCUACUUGGUAGUAUGAUGGAUGUCGAUGAGGACGCAGCAGAUGAGCGUGUUUUUGGUGAUGAUGAGAAUGAAGAGUUAACAUGGGGGGCUGUUGCAUCAGCAGCAGGUGUUGGAGAACCAAUUAAACAAACAAGAAGCCAAAGCCAAGCUAAAGGAAAAAAAGCUAGCUCAUCUAGAGCUAAAGGAAAACAACCGAUUACCAACAUUGAGGAACUUGCAAAUUUUGAUUCAGAUGAGUUAGAGGAAGACGAUGAAAGAUAUAAAUCCAACAAUGAAGGAGGAGAAAGUCCUGAGCUUGCCACAUCUGAAUCUGAUUCAGAUUUCUAGUUUGAUUUUUUUAUAGGCCUCAAUAUUGUUUUUUCAUAUUUUAAAGACAUUUUAUGCACUUGAUUGAUUAUUGGAAUAGUUUAUAUUAUUUUGUUGUAAUUUUGUAGAAGUUUAUGAUUGAAGUAGAUUUAUAUUUAUCACUUUAUCUAUGGUUUGUUGUCUAUAAUCUAUGUAUUAUGCAUUUUAUCUAUAGUAGCGCCUUGCUUCACUCAGGCGUGCGCCUUUGUAGCGCCUUGCGCCUAAGGCGUUUUACCAACUUUGCGCCUUGAGUGCGCCUUUCGCCUU